AUGUCACCCGCUGCUGCCAUGGAGUCCGACAGUGCUGCAGCCGGCACUGCUGUCGUUGUCGAAGGCCCGCUCCAAAUUAACCCGCUCCAGUAUAGGAGCGCAGGAAUUACCAUGUAUAGAAUUCAGCUGGGAAGAGUCCAACAAUUUCGCUCGAUUCAGCUUCUGUCUCAUUUAAAUCAUACCUUAUCUAUGUCAUUCCAUAUCUUGGACCUCUUAGAGGAUGCGGCCUCGAAUGCCCCUGAUAAAGGAUUGUACUUCUACAAAGCCGGAUCGGUAUCACCGCCUCAAUUUUUGUCGUACCAAGGGUUAUUGGCGAAGGCAAAGUUCAAUGCCGAUAUUCUGAAAAAGAAAAACAUUGCUGCGAAUGGCUCAAUCGUCCUUCUUCAUCUGGACUCUCAUGUGGAUUAUAUUGAGUGGUUCUGGUCCGUCAUUGCCGCCGGCGCCAUUCCUGCCGUGUCUACACCUCUCGCAUCGGACUUGGUUGCUCGAGAACGCCACCUGCUCCAUCUAGAGAAUAUUCUUGAAAGUCCCAAGGUCCUUACAAUCGAGAGGAUCCGCGGAGAACUCAGCUCUGUUCCCACGCUCGAUGUGACUUCUAUCGAAGCACUUUCGCUUUAUGGAAAAUCGACUGACGAAGUGAAAGUCAACGGCAAGGCGAACACGAAUGGUUACCAUAGGCACCCGGACGCGCCAGCUCUAUUAAUGUUAACAUCAGGGAGCACGGGAAAUGCUAAAGCUGUAGAACUUAGGCAUGAACAGAUCCUAGCUUCCGUGAAGGGGAAGUCAGCUGCAACGAGUACCGCAGGUCAAGAUGUUUUCCUCAAUUGGAUAGGGUUUGAUCACGUUGCAUGUUUGACGGAAAUUCAUAUGCACGCCAUGCUUUGCGGUGCAACUCAGAUACACGUCCCCGCCGUUGAACUCUUGCGCGCUCCUCCUAUGUUCUUUAAAGUCAUAGAGAAGCACGCUGUGAGUCACACAUUCGCUCCCAACUUCUUCCUUGCCACAGUCGUCAGGGCUAUUAGGAGCCAGAACCCGCCUGAGCAGUACGACCUCUCAUCUCUUCGCACUGUCGUAAGUGGUGGUGAGGCCAACGUCGUUUCCACUGGCUUGGAUUUCACCCAGAUCAUAGUGUCCAUGGGUGCGGCAGCUACAUCGCUGCAGACGGCAUUUGGUAUGACAGAGACCUCUGCCGCUAGUCACUACCACCAGCACUUCCCGACCCUGGAAAAAAACGCGGAUUUGAAAUUCUGCUCUGUCGGUCGUACUAUAAACUCCGUUCGGCAGCGUAUCACCGAUGAUGAGGGAAACGUUAUGUCCCCAGGGGAAGGCGGCAACCUAGAGCUUUCUGGGCCUGCAGUGUUCAAGGCUUAUCACAAUAACCCUGAGGCUACAGAAUCGUCUUUCUCGCCCGAUGGUUGGUUUAAGACGGGCGACAAAGGCUAUAUUGAUGAUUCUGGAAAUCUGAUUCUGAGUGGUCGAGCCAAGGACUCAAUCAUCAUUAACGGGUUGAAAUACUUCUCACACGAGCUCGAGUCGGCCCUUGAGGGAGCCAAAAUCUCGGGCGUAACUCCAUCUUUUACGGCCUCUUUCUCUACCUGGCCCAAGGGCGCUGAUAGUGAGGAGCUGGUCAUUAUCUUCCUCCCCGAAGCGGGGAUUGCAGAUGACGACGCAGCUUUUGCUGCCACAAUUGACGCCAUUGGCAAGCAAUCAGCCCUCUACUGCUCAAAGAAUCCUAUAGACAUCAUCCCACUGCCUCUCGAACUUCUUCCUAAAUCCGCCCUCGGCAAGUUGUCCCGCCCUAAAUCAAAGAUUGCCUACGAAGCCGGCAGAAUGGGACAUCCCAACUCGCCCCCAAUUUUCUUCUUCCAUCCUGGUUUGGGAGAGAUCUUGGUAUUCUUGAACUUGAGCAAGUUCUUCUCCGAUCGUCAGGUAUAUGCCAUCAGAGCACCGGGAUUCAACCCUGGUGAAGAAAUGCAUAAAUCAAUUGAUGACAUGACCGACACCUACCUCACUGCCAUCCGCAAGAAGCAACCGGAAGGUCCUUAUGUGCUCGUAGGAUAUUCAUUCGGCGCCAUGAUCGCAUUCGAGAUUGCCAAGAAGAUUGAGGCCAGCGGCGGCAAAGUCGGCUUUAUCGGAACGUUGAAUCUCCCACCCCACAUCAAAUUCCGAAUGAUCGAGCUUGACUGGACCGAGCUCUUACUCAACCUGGUCUAUUUCCUUGGCUUCAUCACUGAAGACGAAGCUCACGCCAUGUCUCCCGAAAUGCACACAUUGCCGCAGGAAGAGGUGUUGUCGAGAAUCAUGAAGGUGGCGCCCAAGGACCGUCUGGUUGAACUCGACCUGAACGAGAAGAAGCUGCAGCAUUGGGCAGCACUCUCCUCGAAGUUGCAAGGCCUGGCUCACGAUUACGAUCCGUCGGGGAUGGUCGAACGUAUGGAUGUCUUCUACGCGGUACCUUUGAUAGCCGUGGGCCGCGAUAAAGGCAAAUGGCUUGAAGACCAUCUCCUCGCGUGGAACGAUUUCGUACGGAGCGAUGUCGAGUUCCAUGAUGUCCCGGGGUCCCACUACACCAUGAUGAACCAGGAGAAUGUUUUUGAGCUGCAGAAAUCAAUGAAAGCCGCUAUGGCUAAGCGGAACGUGCUGUGA